AAGAACAGCAGACUUCAAAUUCAUGAUGGCAGAAAGACAGACUCGGGAAAUUACUCUGUGAUCAUAUAUAACAGUAAAGGACUUCAUAUUGUUGAAGAAAAGACCCACCUCACCUUCCUCGAGCCUGUCUCAGAGGUCAGGGUUUGGAGGUCCUGUCUUGAAGAAAGUAACAUCACCGUAACCUGCAGGGUGGAGAGCGGAGAUGAUGUCCAGUUCCUCUGGACUUGGAUGUUUAACGGAACCAAUCAGAGCAUGGAAUCAUCACCAGAAUCAGAAGAACUCACUGUUCACAUUCAGUUUGAGAAUGACGUUCCUGAAGAGCUCAUCUGUGAGGCGUCUAAUGCUGUAAGCAAGAUCAGAACUGAAGCUCUAGCAUGCGGAGUUGCUACAGAAGAUAUGGAGCAGAGAGUGUACAGAGUUGGAGCCACGGUUCUUCUGGAGCUGAGACAAAAUGUAUCAGCUUCAGAGAUGGAUGAUGUGCACUGGAAACUGAACGGCCAGCUUAUUAGCAAAAAACGACACAUAACACAUCAGAAUAAGGAAAAAUACAGCAUGUUUAAGAACAGCACACUUCAAAUUCAUGAUGGCAGAAAGACAGACUCAGGAAAUUACUCUGUGAUCAUAUAUAACAGUAAAGGACUUCAUAUUGUUGAAGAAAAGACCCACCUCACCUUCCUCGAGCCUGUCUCAGAGGUCAGGGUCUGGAGGCCCUGUUCUGAGCAUAGAAACAUCACCGUAACCUGCAGCGUGGAGAGCGGAGAUGAUGUCCAUUUCCUCUGGACUUGGAUGUUUAACGGAACCAAUCAGAGCAUGGAAUCAUCACCAGAAUCAGAAGAACUCACUGUUCACAUUCAGUUUGAGAAUGACGUUCCUGAAGAGCUCAUCUGUGAGGCGUCUAAUGCUGUAAGCAAGAUCAGAACCAACGCUCCACUGUGCAGAGGGUAUUUGUCAACAUUGGCAGCAGCGGUUCUUUUCCUGACCGUUGUGUUGGGGGUGGGAUUUGUGACCGUGAUCAGAAAGAUGAGGAAAGAUCAUAAAAAAGUUACUGAGGAGAACAUUUACCUGGAUAUGCGUGGAUUUACUCAGAACAGAACUCCACCUGAACAGUCUAGAACUUCACCUCCGGAUAACUCCACUUACGACAUUUUCAGGCCUCUGCAGCAGAACAGCUCAUCAGAAGUCGAUGUGGAGGAUGUGUAUGUGUUAUGAUGUGUAUAUAACAUUAUUAUCAGUUUGUGUAUUAUUAUAGAUGUAGAUUGUUCAAUCAGUUCUCCUGUCUGGGGCAGCUGGUUAUUCAUAUUACUAAUAUAAAUGCUGACAUAUUAAAUAUUGUUGAUAUGUUUGGAUUGUAUGUACAUACGCAUAGUCUGUAUCUAUAACUGAUCUUCCUUCAGAACUAGAGAUAAAAGAGGUGCUUCUUAUUUAUUUGUUAUGAUGGAUUAUCUCUGCUAUUGGCUUUGUGCUUAAUCAUUUAUACAGUGAGUGUAGGUGUGUGUGUGUGUGUGUGUAGGUGGGUGUGUGUGUACAUGUAUAUAUAUAAAAUUUUUUUUAGAAAAAAAAAUCUCCAUUUUUUAUGUUUUUAUUUUCCUACAUCAUUUAAUCACAGCAGCGGCUCUUUACAUUAUCAUGAAUGGACCAAAAGAAAUGCUUUAAAUUUGCUUGGGAUAAAAUGUCCUUAAUUUAACUUAUAUUAAAGGUUAAGAAAGUUUUUGCCUUCUCCAGUAAAGUUACUGUUUUGGAGAUACAUGUUUUUCCUUCAAUAUAUAUUCAUAUGAAAAACUCCCUUGUACAAGGAGGGCUCUUGAUUUUAGAAAUUAUUAAAAUUUUAAGAUGCAGUACUGUUAUGUUGACCUUAUUAAACUCCACCAAGAAUUUCAGCAGUGACAUAAAUUUUAAUUGAGCUAAAAUCAUCAUUUUUUGGAGUUUAUAAUCUUGUGUUUACACACAGUUGUUUUAAUAAAAACAACAACAACAACAACAACAACAAUAAUAAUAAUAAUAAUAAUAAUAAUAAUAAUAACAGACUUGUUUUCUGAAGUUUACAUAUAUUCAUCAUUAACAUAAAGCAUGUAAACAUUUAAUGUAAGUAAAAAUAAUUUUAAUAUAUGUAUAUUUUGGA